AAGUGCCCAAACACAGAGAAAAACUCCUGCUGAAGCGACUGAUCUCCACACUGUUAUAAAGAUGGCGUUUAUUAAAGUGGAGAGUGAAGACCUGAAGAUUGAAGAAACAUUCACAGUCAAACAGGAAGAUCUGCAGGAACAAACAGAAGAAACAUUCAGAGUCAAACAGGAAGAUCUGCAGGAACAAACAGACCUGAUGGUACUGAAAGAAGAGACUCAUCAACAGAAUGAAAUAGAAGAGAAACAGCAGAAACCCCAAAAAAUAAUGACUGAUGAAAAACCCACACUGACUAAAAAGACUUCAUCACACGGAAGACCUCGGAAAUCCAAAUCUGGGUGUAAUUUUAGCUGUAAACAGUGUAGAAAGAGUUUCAGUCAAAAGUCAAACCUUGAUGUUCACAUGAAAGUUCACACUAGGAAGAAACCUUGCACUUGCAAACAGUGUGGAAAAAGCUUCAAUAGUACAGGACACUUAACCGUGCACAUGAGAAUUCACACUGGGGAGAGGCCGUACAUGUGCCAACAGUGUGGAAAAAGCUUCUAUCAUGCUGGAAACUUGGCAGAGCACAUGAGAAUUCAUACCGGAGAGAAGCCUUACUCUUGCACUCAGUGUGGAAAGAGUUUUAAGCAAAAUGGCACCUUUAAAGUCCACAUGAGAAUUCACACUAGGGAGCAACGUUACAGCUGCGAACAGUGUGGAAAGAGUUUUGGUCAAAUACAAGACUUUAAAACCCACAUGAGAAUUCACACCGGAGAGAAGCCUUUCAGCUGUAAACAGUGUGGAAAGAGUUUCAGAAAAAAGCCAAACCUUAAUGUUCACAUGAGAGUUCACACUAGGGAGAAACCUUACACCUGCAAACAGUGUGGAAAGAGUUUUAGUCGAAAACACAGCUUUAAAGCCCACAUGAGAAUUCACACAGGAGAGAGGCCGUUUACAUGCCAACAGUGUGGAAAAAGCUUCUGUCAUUCAGGAAACUUUGCAGAGCACAUGAAAAUUCACACUGGAGAAAGGCCGUACACAUGCCAACAGUGUGGAAAAAGCUUCUAUAAUCCAAGAAGCCUUUCACUGCAUAUGAGAAUUCACACUGGAGAGAAGCCUUUUAGCUGUAAACAUUGUAGAAAGAGUUUCAGUCUAAAGCAGAACCUGAAUGUUCACAUGAGAGUUCACACUAGGGAGAAACCUUACACCUGUGAACAGUGUGGAAAGAGUUUUGGUAAAAAACAAGACCUUGAGGUCCACAUGAGGAUCCACACUGGAGAGAAACCUUACACAUGCACACAGUGUGGUAAAAGUUUCACAUAUAAAAACACACUCAAACACCACAUGAUAAGUCACACCGGAGAGAAGCCGUUUGUAUGUGCUCAGUGUGGAAAGAGCUUCACAACCAAAACUAACCUUAAGAACCACAUGGAUGGUCACACUGGAACCAUAGUGUUCACAUGUGAUCAGUGUGGAAAGAGUCUCACACGCAAAGACUACAUUAGGCAACACAUGAGGACUCACUCAGGAGAGUGUUUUAGAUGCAGUGAGUGUGGAAAGGGCUUUAACCAUAAAAGAAGCCUCAGCACUCACAUGAAGAUUCACAAUGGAGAGCAGAGUCCUCAAAAAUGAGUCCUUGUCCACACAAACACGGGUAUAUUCAAAACGGCAGCUUUUUCAUGUAAUUUGGCUGUUCAUUCACGUGAAGUUUAUUUAUAAACUAUUUUUGUUUUCCCAAGAUUUCCAUGUUUCCUCCAACAGUCCAAAAACACACAACCUAAGUAAACUGAACAUUCUAAAUUGGCACCAUUGAGCUCUUAGUAAGCCAUAUAUCUCCUUUAGCCAUUCCUAUAAUUGUAAUUAGAACAGAAACAAGUCAGGAGAGUUCAUCGAGAUCUACCUGAGCUCAAAUUCCCCUCUCACCCUGUUUACGGGAGGGAGCCCAGGGCUCUAGGAUCUUAUGAUCUUUUAAACCACACUAAACUGAGCUAAAUUGAACUGAACUUAAACACUGAAAACUGAACUGACACUGUUCCUAUUCACUGUGACCUUUUAUGUGAAGCUGCUUUGACACAAUCUACAUUGUAAAAGUGCUAUACAAAUAAAGGUGAAUUGAAUUGAAUUGAAUUGAAUUAUGAGCUUAGGGCUCUCUCCCGGGACAGCAUGCCAAACAAGUGUGAACUCUUGAAAACAUAUCGAGUUACUGAUAAUGAAACCCUUUGAACACCUGAAGAUGUAAACUCAAUAGCUGAAGAGGGGUGAAGAUUUUGACAACUGUGUUGUAGUGUAGAUCAGGGAUCACGGCCCAGUACCAGGUUGUGAGAGUUGCUACUGGGCUAUGAAGGAUAGCAUUUUUUAUUGUUAGGCUUUAUUAACAUUUACUAAUAAAUACAGACAUAAAGGGGUUUCUUUUUCUGAGGAGUUAAAUGCCAUAUGUGCAUAAGAGAAGAGUUGUUGGGCUGCUCUCAGCAACCUGCCUGUUAUCGAGCAUGGGUGUAUGUAAAAUGCAGAGUGAAAUGUGAAAUGUAUGAACUGUGUGUUCGUGCUCUGAAACAUUUGCCUAGUCGACGGUCAAGGCCAACUGUCAAGAAAAGAUACCAGAAAGAUGAACAUUUGGUUGCUGAAUGGUCCAACUGCCAAGAAGACAUCAUGAGUCAAUAAAGUUGAGAUUAGAUAGUGUGUGAAAGACAUUAUAAAACAUGAAGGAGAGCCCAAAGGAGACCAGAGCUGAAUUGAAAUUACAUCUCUCCUGCGCAGAACUGUU